AUGGAGAACAGGACAGAGGUGACCGAGUUCCUCCUGCUGGGACUCACCGAUGACCCACACCUGCAGGUUUUCCUCUUCAUCACCUUCCUCAACCUGGGGAUCCUGCUGAUCCUCCUGGACCCUCGUCUGCACACUCCCAUGUACUUUUUCCUGGGUAACCUGUCCCUGGUGGAUUUCUGUUACUCCUCAGUUGUCACUCCCUCAGUCAUGGCUCGGCUUCUUACAGGGAACAAGGUCAUUUCCUACAAUGCCUGUGCUGCACAGAUGUUUCUGUUUGCAACCCUCAUUUGUGUAGAAAAUUAUCUGUUCACUGCCAUGGCCUAUGACCGCUAUGCAGCAGUGUGCAAGCCCCUGCACUACACCACCACCAUGAGGAGCAGUGUGUGUGCGGGUCUCGUCAUGGGCUGCUAUGUCCUUGGUUUCCUGAAUGGCUGUGUCCACACUGGGGAAACCUUCAGUCAGUCCUUUUGCAGCUCCAAUAUGAUCCAUCAUUUUUUCUGUGAUGUUCCUGCAGUCAUGGCUCUGUCCUGCUCUGAUGAAAGGGUUACUGAGCUCGUUGUUAUUUAUGAUGCGAACAUCCAAAUAUUUUUUGCCAUGCUGGUUAUUUCAACAUCCUAUGUCUUCAUUUUUCACACCAUCCUAAGGAUGCACUCAGCUGCAGGACAUCACAAGGCUCUGUCCACCUGUGCCUCCCACUUCACUGCCGUCUCCAUCUUCUAUGUGACUACAAUCUUCAUGUACCUGCAGCCCAGCUCCAGUGUUUCCAUGGACACUGCCAAAAUUGCCUCUGUGUUCUAUACCAUGGUGAUCCCCAUGCUGAACCCUAUGGUCUACAGCCUGAGGAACAAGGAGGUCAAGAGAGCAUUCUUAAAGGUCACGAGUGCGUUGAUUUGUUGGAGCCCCACUAAGGUGUAG